AAUCCAAGAUGACUGCAGCUUAGUUUCCCAAGUGUGAAGUAACUGCCCAGAGGAAUUAUGGGUUUGGACUUCCCUGUCUAAUACUGCUUUGGUGUCGUCAGAAAACAGAGGCCGAGUUCUUUCAUUCUGCUUGUGGACAAUUCUUGUCCAGAUUUUGUCUCAGUGGAAAUCAAAUUGUAGUCACAUGUUCCCUAAGAGGUGUUCCCUGGGAAAACAGGGUUCGGUGGAAACAGAAAAGCCACAGGUCGAUGAGUAAACUGUUCCCGAGACGCCCUGGCUUUCACCAGGUUUGCACACAGCCCAACUUUCUACCUUCCCAGAAAAGAUCCACACUUUCUUCUCGAAGACUAGGAAGCAGAAGGCAGGACCCCACGGCAAGAGGGCCUGGGGGGCCAUGUCCCUCAUUCCAUGGCUCCGGUGGAACGAGACCCUGCCCCGGCUGUCUGCCCGGAGCCCAGCUGAGAUGGUGCUGGAGACCCUCAUGAUGGAGCUGGCUGGGCAGAUGCGAGAGGCAGAGAGGCAGCAGCAGGAGCGCAAAAGCGCGGUCAGGAAGAUCUGUACCGGGGUGGACUACAGCUGGCUGGCCAGCACACAGCGGCCCACCUACAACCUCAGCCCCGGUGAGCGGCUGCAGCUGGAGGAUGUGUGUGCCAAGAUCCACCCAUCCUACUGCGGGCCUGCCAUCCUCAGGUUCCGGCAGCUGCUGGCCGAGCGCGAGCCCGAGGUGCAAGAGGUGUCGCGGCUGUUCCGCUCGGUGCUGCAGGAGGUGCUGGACCGGAUGAAGCAGGAGGAGGAGGCCCGCAGGCUGACGCGCCAGUGGAGCCUGCGGCCCCGGGGAGGCCUGGCGCCCUUCCGGCCCCGCGCGCGCAUCUCGCCCUUCGCCAGCGACAUCCGCACCAUCUCGGAGGACGUGGAGCGCGAAGCGCCGCCGCCGCCGCGCACCUGGAGCAUGCCCGAAUUCCGCGCGCCCCAGGCGGACUGAGCGCCGGGGCAGGGCCGGCUGCAGCAGGGCACGACGGGAGGGUCCUCCGCACCGCCUGGGUCCUGCCCGCAGCCCGGGGGCCCAGCCACCUCCUCCUCCGGACUCGAACCCGAGGCCGCGCCUGCCCCUCUCCCCGGGAGCCCGGCCGGGUCAGCUCCACCCCACCUCCUACCUACCGCGCUCCGGAAGGGACAAGAGCCCCGCCCCUGGCAAGACCCGGUUCUCCAACCCGCAGGAUGCCCCCUCUCCCCCUUCCUGAGUAAAGAUGAGGCACCGGAUGGUGGCCAGCUGACGUCACCACUGCAGGGGAGCCUCAGCCUCGUGGGCCGAAGAGAGGUGGUAGGGACCAGAGAGACUCAACCAAGUCUUCAGCUAGUGAGAAACGGAGUCUCCCAAGGGCCACACUGCUUUUGCCUUAACUGGAUGCCCCUAACCUGAGAGUGUUCCUGCCCCUGAGCCCUUGAAUCCUGGGCUAUGAUGGGACAGGCUCAAGGGCUACAUCUCUACCCCUAUGGUCUGACCCUUUCCUUUCCACGCACUGGGGACUGGUGGGGUCAAGACGGUUUUGGAAAGGUAGCUAGGGUAGGUCAAUUGACCCUGACUUCACCCACCCCACAGUGUCAAGUGGAAUGAGGCUAGGUAGUCCCAAGCUUGGGCUUCAGAUCCUUCAGACUUCCUGUCUAGCCCAGGCCUCGCAAGUCUAGGGCUCCUUCAGGUCACACCUGCUCUCCUGUCCUCCCUAGGAAGUGAUGUCACCUGGGGCACCUCAGUGAAGUGUUCCAAGGACCCAGCUACAGCCUCAGCUCCAACAGGCUUCUGGUCUGAGAGUGGAUUGCCACAAGGCAAAUCUGGAAGGCCAAGUGGCCUCCCCACACCCUGGGGUUGAAGUGGGGUUCAGGGGGAUCGGUGGAGAAAGUGCCCCAGAUCCCAGGCAUGCCUAGAAAAUGCAAGUGGACCUUAUUAAUAGUCUAAAUAAAAUGCCAGAGGGAGAUAAAUCCCAGGAGGCAAUGCAAGCAUUCCACACCAAACUCGUGG